GUCAACGAUUUUUCUCCAUCAGCCGUCGGCUCCACAUGGUGGGGGCGCUUGAGGCGGCUACGUUUGACGCUACUCUGCUGUGUCAGCGGCAACUUCCGAUGCGGGACAAUCGACUUGGCUGUAGUGGGAGCCUCAGAGAGUUGCGAGUUCUCUCCGCUGCCAAACCAACCAUCAACAACAUUCAUCAACUACAGGUUCCUUCUCCUCCAAACUCGCCCUGUCCUUGAUCUUCACGACAUCCCGCAGCUUUCCAAAAGAUGGGUUCCUACGACAGAGCUUUGAGUGUUUUCAGUCCCGAUGGACACGUCUUCCAGGUCGAAUAUGCCCUCGAAGCUGUCAAGCGAGGAACCUGCGCGGUCGGUGUCAAAGGCAAGGACGUAGUAGUCCUUGGCUGCGAGAAGCGCUCGGCGAUGAAGCUCCAGGACACCCGGAUCACUCCCUCGAAGAUCGGCCUCAUCGAUAACCACGUGUGCGUCGCCUUUGCCGGUCUUAAUGCCGACGCCCGAAUCCUCGUCGAUAAAGCGCGCCUCGAGGCUCAGAGCCACCGUCUCACCGUCGAGGAUCCCGUUUCCAUCGAGUACAUCUCCAAAUACAUUGCUGGUGUCCAGCAGCGGUACACGCAGAGUGGUGGUGUGCGGCCUUUCGGUAUCUCAACGCUGGUCAUCGGAUUCGAUCCGAACGAUUCUACGCCGAGACUAUACCAGACUGAGCCCUCGGGUAUCUACUCCGCGUGGAAGGCGAAUGCUAUCGGAAGGUCGAGCAAGACCGUCCGCGAGUUCUUGGAGAGGAAUUACAAGGAGGAUAUGGACAUGGAGGAAACGAUCAAGCUCACCGUCAAAUCCUUGUUGGAGGUGGUUCAGACUGGUGCGAAGAACAUUGAGAUCGCCAUAAUGACUGCUGGCAAGGCUAUGGAGAUGAUGCCUGAUGAGCAGAUAGAAAACUACGUCAAGAGCAUUGAGCAGGAGAAGCAGGAGGAAGCUGCCAGGAAGAAGAACAGGCAGGGCGGCCAAGGCAACCAGAGCGGUCAACAGGGCUCUUCGUCAUAGGCUGAGGAUACUAAUGCACGAUACGAGGGAUUGACAAGGUGGAAUCUGCAGUGAACAAAAAGUAGAAUCA